CUGUCAAUAUCGGCUCGGCCGUCGUCGAAUGCAGACAUAUACAGGCAGACACAGAGAGAAAAAGAAAGAGAUAGAGAUAGAGAGAGUAGCUCUACUGAUCAGACCUCAAAUGUUUACUGCCCUGCAGCCGACAUUUAUUUAUACGCAGCUCCUAUAAAUAAAUGAGCGUUCCUUCGCAUGAAUUUCCGAUGAAAGAUGACGAUCAUAGUGUUUUUAAUUGAUACGUCCGCGUCUAUGUUCCAGAGGACGUACGUGGGCGGACGUACCUCGUUGCUAGAUGUCGCCAAAUCAGCUGUUGAGACUUUCGUGAAGAUCCGUCAGCGGAGCCCCGAGAGUCGCAUAGACAGGUACAUGCUGCUGACCUUCGAGGAGCCCCCCAACAACAUAAAAGCAGGAUGGAAGGAGAAUUUGGCAACGUUCAUGAACGAACUGAAGAAUUUACAAUGUUAUUCUAUGACUACGAUGGGUGUUGCUGUGAAACAAGCAUUCGAUAUUUUAAAUAUGAACAGGAUGACCUCUGGUAUCGAUACUUACGGUCAGGGCAGAUGCCCUUUUUUCUUGGAGACCGCAGUCAUAGUUCUAAUCACGGACGGUGGAAAACUUUCAAGCGUGAACGGUGUCCAUGAAGAUUUCAAUUUACCCAUGAAUUCACCCAUACCCGGUUCCGAGAUGACCCGGGAACCUUUUCGCUGGGAUCAAAGACUGUUCGCAUUGGUUCUAAGACUGACUGGUACACCAGCUGUAGAGAGAGACACAGGUAUUGUUCCAAGUGAUAAUAGCCCAAUCGAUGCGAUGUGCGAAGUCACCGGUGGCAGGUCCUACUGUAUAACAUCGCAUAGGAUGUUAAACCAGUGCAUAGACAGUUUAGUGCAGAAGGUCCAAAACGGCGUUGUGAUUAACUUCGAGAAGAUCGGACCUGAUCCGCCUUUGGCAAUUGUGGAUGAGAAUACGGUGAAGGAUGAGAACAUCGGCGGCGAUGUCAAAGAUCCAGAGUACAAUGAGAUGAACAAUGUUAACGAAGUGGCAGCGAUGAAUCAGGUUGCAAACACUUCAUGGUACAUCUGCAGGAAGAUGAUCUACGUUCCUAGAGCUUCUACACAGAAAGGAUAUCCUAUCGGUUUUUGGCCGAUUCCUGAAUCUUUUUGGCCAGAGGUUACAGCUACGGUGCUUCCGCCACGAUCGGCGCAUCCCAAUGUGAAAUUCAGUUGCCUGAGCAAAGAUCCAAUGGUGAUUGAGAAUCUACCUUUCGAUAAAUACGAGUUGGAGCCAUCGCCUUUAACACAAUACAUCUUAGCCAGAAAACAACCAACGAUAUGUUGGCAGGUGUUCGUUGCCAAUAGUUACAAGAACUCUGAAGUUGGUCAUCCCUUUGGGUACCUCAAGGCCAGCACCAAUUUGAACUGCGUAAACUUAUUCGUGAUGCCGUACAAUUAUCCAGUGAUACUUCCUCUUUUGGAUGAUUUAUUUAAAGUUCACAGGUGGAAACCUUCGCCUGAAUGGAGAGCCCAAUUUCAAAACUAUAUGCGCACACUUCCUGCAUAUUACGCGAAUCCAAUGCGAAGGGCUUUGACCCGUAUGGGAACUCCUUUAGCUUUGGCCCAGACGCUGAUACCGGAAAACGCCGAAAACUGUUUCAGUUACACGGUGAUGAACUACCUGAAGAAACUGAAAAACGUUGCCAAGGUCGAGUACGACAGGCUGUGCAAUGAAAUUAUCCAGCGGCAACAGGGGGUAAGGAUUUUUCUAUCAGCAUUGAAGAAUCAAUUCAACGCCCCGGAGCAAAUUCGAGUAACGAACCGUGUUCUAAUCAAAAAGGAAUUAGUAAGUCACCCGUUACUGGUUGACAUGUUCAAUUCCCAAAAAGAUAUGAUUAUUGAAACGCAAUCUUCGUAUAUAGGGACAAUGGACAAAGAACGGAACACGGUCAGUUUCCGGAAUUCGUUCGACAUUCCGAGGCACCGCCUCAUGCAGCAGGUCGCCAGAAUGCGUAACAACUUCCUGCAAUCCGACUGGGUCGCCCAGGAUCAAGACAGUGCACACGCAUUGCCCAUCUCCCAGAUGGGCAACUACCAGGAGUAUCUGAAGAAGCAGACGCCGCAGUUGCGCGAAAUCGAAUCGCAGCCGGUGCGACAACACAUGUUCGGAAAUCCGUUUAAGAUAGAUAAGAGGAUGAUGGUGGACGAAGCCGAUAUUGAUAUGAUCGGUUCCGGGUCCGGUUCUGGGAAUAAUCGGAAUAACAAGAGACCUAACGCUACUGCCACUGAUGCCAUGACCAAGAUUCCUGCGAAGAGGAAACCGGGACCAUUGCCCAGGGAUUUGGUGAUCCGAAGACCAAGUAUGGACUACAACACACCGCCUGCCAGCCCGGUUCAUUCGCCGCAACCCUCACCCAUACCUUGGUUGAAUUACGCCGAUAAAGUAUUCGAGGAAGCCACGCCUGUGAACAAUCUAGCCGUCAACGGCAUCGAUACUUUGGUCAUUGAACGAUCGCGAUCUCCAUCUCCCACCCUCGAAAUGGCAUGCUACAACCCCACGGACUCGAAUGUCGGCACCCACCAAAGGACAUACUCAACAUCAGAGAAUUCCACCGAAAACUUCUACAACUAUUCAACCGAUGACAAGCAAAUCUCUCAGAUCCUCAAAGAGGCCAACAGCAUGGGCAACAAUAACUCUGUACAAAUUAGUAAUAAUAACGGCAUCAUUCCACCGGACAACAAAAAGGACAUAAAGGUCGUGAUGGAGAAUCUGCAGGAGAUAGAGAGCCAGAACUUGGAGAUACGGAAGACGUUGAACAAGUUGGUCAGGAAGCCAGGAAAGAACUUCACCGAGCUCUUCAAUCACCUGAAAACGCUUAAAGGGGCACCGGAAGUGCAAGUGAAUGUAGUUCAGUUGAUCAUUAAGGAGUGUUUGCGUUUCAAGAGACAAACGCUCGCGCAUUUGCUCGAGGAACACAUACUGACAAUCAAGAGCACGGAGAACAAGUGAAUCGUUUCCAAAACCCUCCCUCCCCAUUUACUUAGAAGAAAAAAACAACAAUUUGUUUCAUUCUGUUUUCGAAUAAUGUAAUGUUAAAUUUUGUCUUCAUCGAGUUAUUUUUGUUUCC